AUGGGGGCAGAGGCAGUCAGUGGCAUCCAGCAGAUCCUCGGCCCGCUGUUUCAUGGCCCUGAAGUCUAUGAUCAGAGAUGGAAGCUCCACUCGCGGCGGCGCCGGGAGACCCCAAAUACGUCUGCAGGGUGUAACUGCCCACCAGGACCUCCUGGUCCCACCGGAAGACCUGGACUCCCGGGAGACAAAGGUGCCAUUGGGAUGCCUGGACAUGUGGGUGCCCCAGGAGAUGCUGGAAUGUCCAUCAUUGGUCCAAGAGGCCCCCCUGGCCAGCCGGGCACGCGAGGUUUCCCUGGAUUUCCGGGUCCCAUUGGCUUAGACGGCAAACCGGGCCACCCAGGACCCAAAGGGGAGAUGGGUCUCAUGGGCCCCCGAGGACAGCCGGGACCUCAAGGAGAAAAAGGAGAAAAGGGUCAGUGUGGAGAGUACCCACACCGGCUGCUGCCUCUCCUCAAUUCAGUGCGGCUGGCUCCGCCCCCAGUCAUAAAAAGGCGGACCUUCCAGGGUGAACAGGGCCAGGCUGGCAUCCAAGGCCCACCAGGGCCACCAGGCCCCCCUGGACCUAGUGGACCUCUGGGGCACCCAGGACUGCCAGGGCCCGUGGGGCCGCCCGGCUUACCUGGGCCUCCUGGACCAAAGGGAGACCCUGGGAUCCAAGGCUAUCACGGCCGAAAGGGAGAGCGGGGCAUGCCAGGGAUGCCGGGCAAACAAGGAGCAAAGGGGGCUCCUGGGAUCGCUGUGGCUGGGAUGAAGGGUGAGCCAGGGAUCCCAGGAGUCAAGGGUGAGAAGGGGGCUGCAGGCUCCCUUGGGCUACCGGGCCUCCUGGGACAGAAGGGAGAGAAAGGCGAUGCUGGCAAUGCCAUUGGAGGAGGCCGAGGGGAGCCCGGCCCCCCAGGGAUCCCUGGGCCCCCAGGGCCAAAGGGAGAAGCUGGUGUUGAUGGGCAGGGUGGUCCCCCAGGACGGCAAGGUGACAAGGGGGAGCCUGGAGCAGCUGGAGAACAGGGACCAGCUGGCCCCAAGGGCUCCAAGGGAGAACCAGGGAAAGGCGAGAUGGUGGAUUACAAUGGAAACAUCAACGAAGCUCUCCAGGAGAUCCGAACACUGGCCUUAAUGGGUCCCCCUGGGCUUCCUGGGCAAAUCGGCCCACCCGGAGCUCCAGGGAUUCCAGGCCAGAAGGGGGAGAUUGGACUGCCAGGCCCUCCAGGACACGAUGGGGAAAAGGGACCUCGAGGCAAACCAGGAGACAUGGGCCCCCCUGGCCCACAAGGACCCCCGGGAAGGGAUGGGCCUUCAGGAAUGAAGGGAGAAGAUGGACGCACAGGGAGCCGAGGAGAAAAGGGGGAGAAAGGGGAGACUGGACAAGCAGGCUCCCCGGGUCUAGACGGCCCAACUGGGGAGAAAGGAGAACCAGGAGCCCAGGUUUCUGGGCCACCAGGGCCAGAGGGCCCUCCUGGACCUCCGGGCCUCCAAGGUGUUCCUGGACCAAAGGGGGAAGCAGGACUAGAUGGAGCAAAAGGAGAGAAGGGUGUCCAGGGAGAAAAAGGAGACCGAGGUCCUCUGGGAUUGCCCGGUACUCCAGGACCAAUUGGAGUUCCAGGCCCGGCAGGACCAAAGGGCGAGAGGGGCAGCAAAGGUGACCCUGGGAUGACAGGACCAACAGGGGCAGCUGGGCUUCCUGGUUUACACGGACCACCUGGAGACAAAGGAAGCCGGGGGGAGAGGGGGAAGAAAGGCUCUAGAGGGCCUAAAGGGGAUAAGGGAGACCAAGGAGCGCCUGGAUUAGAUGCCCCCUGCCCGUUGGGUGAAGAUGGUCUACCAGUCCAAGGCUGCUGGAACAAGGUGCUCAUCCUACAGCAGGGACGGCCGCUUCUGUACAGGAGAAGGAGCAUCUCCAGGGCUGAAGACAAAUUGCAGGAGCCCAUCUGGGCCCCCUUCGGGGUCAAGAGCACAUGUGUCUAA